AUGGAAUCAAAUUCAAAUGAAUCUGGAAGUCAUACAAGUAAAUCAGAGAAGACCGCCGCGCCAGAGGUCUGCAAAAAAUGGGCGGAGCUAGUUUUCAGAGUUUAUGAAAGAAUGAUUCAUUCAUCUGAAGUCUCAUUCUUUAUAUCUGCUCCACAAGUGAUCUCUUGUCUCGGAUUCAUUUUGGGAGUUUGCAAGCAUAAUACAGAUGGUUUAGUCCUUGAAUUACAGGGUGGAAAUGAAAAGCACGAUGUCGACUUUUUGGUGGAUCAUACAAUGAAAUUUGCUCAUAAAUGGAGUGGAGAACUACGAACUCUUCUGACACCUGGACAUUAUCAUCGAGCCAGACGAGUUUAUGCUCAUCCGAAAUUUGUGCAUCCUCAUACGGAAAACACAUUUCAGUAUCAUCGUUUCUUUCGAGUAGAAGAAAAAAUUUUCGAAGGUCCAGAUGAAGUGCUGAGUUGGGUGGCACGUAUUUUGAAGACAAACAUUCCAUUUUCUCACAGAAUAUUGAACACUUGGGCUUGGGAGCAAUCGAGUAUAGAUCGUAUGAAACAACAAAGAACAGUUGACGAUAUUAGUACAAAAGUUAGAGCAAAAAAGAAGAAAUCUGAAGAAGGCGUUCUUCCAAAAAAGGCUUCAUUACUUCCAAUGAUUCCACCCAACAAUCCAUCGGUUCGAUCCAAAAAAGCCGUCUCUGAAGAAGAUAAAAAAUCACCGAUUCUGGUGUGGAUGAGUCAUGCGGUGGUUGAAGUUCCAGAUGAGUUUUUUGAUGGAGAGAAAGUUUAUACGUGGAACGACAAAGAAUAUCUGAAGAUUCAUGGGUCACCAGCAGAACGAAUUCGGGUCAGGAGAGGAAAUUUCGACUUCAACACACUCAUGAUUCCGACCCAAAAUCGUCAAUUGGUGAUGCUGAUCUUCUACGAUUAUGAUUCGAAACUAUGUUCGCUGGAAGCAAUGCGUCUCUUUGUUACUAACUAUUUCGAUACAAAAGGACCUAGUAUUGUCUACAAAAAACAAGAAACAGCUGCUGCAAAUCUUCAUUCCGUAUUUGUUCUUGGUGGUUUUGGUGAUCUGGCAAUCGCCGAUGCUGUACCGUCUGCUACUGGAGAUCCACAGAAAAUCAGUCAUUUACAACAUUAUGGACUACUUUCAUUUCGAAAUUCUCCAAGACAAACAGCUCCAAAGCAAGUUCAGACUGGAUCGUUACUGCGUAGAAAAGGGUGGAAAUCUGAAAUUCGGAGGAAGCAAGAGGAAGAAAAAGCAAGGACGACACUUUUGGAACUGAAUGCCGAGCAAGCUGAGACUAUCAGUUAUCCCAUUUGCGUUGUUUUGUGGGACAAAAACCGACAGUUUCCAGCCUACAUGGGACAAGUGACUGGAAAAAUGACAGAUCAAGAGAGCGAGGAGGCAAAACAAGCUGAGGAGAAGAAAAAGCAGAAAAAUAAAUGGUUGUUUUGUUAG